AUGCAACAGCCGCUUGGACUCACACCCAGCGACCACGCUCGCUACCUUCGUCGCAAAGCGCAGGGCCUGCUUUCUCACAGGGAUGGAGACGAGCCAGAAAAGAAGUGGCAUGAGAGACAGAACAAGCAGCGGUCGCGGAUUCGUGGUAUGAAGACGGUCAUUCGGGACGGGAAGCAGGAAGUCGAGAUCGUUGGACAGACCAUCUACCUUCCAAAUGUCAUUUUUCGUCUCGUACGGAACAAUACGCCUCCAGGGCAGCCUUACAAUCCCUACGAAGCUACCUUCCGCAUUCCGCCCUCCAUCACAAAAACCGACAUUCGUUCCUACCUCCUCGCCGUUUACGGCGUGAAGACUACAUAUAUCCGAACCGACAUCUACCGCCCCGCCAUGCCUCGUCGCGGAGCAACACAAACCAAGACAUCUUACAAGCGAGCCGUAGUUGGGCUUGUGGAACCCUUCUACUACCCUCAUCGUCUGGAGGAGAUGGAUGAAAAGGCGAAGGAGGAAAGGGAGAAGAGGCUAGAGGAUGCCUUCCAAGUCAGCGAGGGCAAAGAGACGCAGAAACUUAUGUUCUUGAAGAUGACUCGGGAACUCAGCUCGAACAACAAGAUGAAGAAUCCAAUGGCCAUGACACGGGCUGCUAUAUUAGCACGGGUAUCGGAGCGGAGGAAGUUACGAGAGAGCACCGUCGAAAACGUGGUCGUGGACUGGUGGCAAAAACGUGCAGAAGGACAGCCUAUCCAGCUAGAGAAUCUCAAUAAACCCAUCUCACCACCAACGACUCCAGCUACUCCUUCAUAA